AUGAGAUCGAGACUUUUAAGACAUCAAUCAGCUGAACUAUUUGCAGAGCAGCCUCUGAAACUCGGUGAAAGGAAAGUUCCAAUUGAUGAAGAACAGUUUCUUACACUCAGUCCAAUAUGUAGUUCAACUGAUUCCGUCGACGAUUUGGUGGAUGAAGUAUUCCUUAAUCUUCUUCGUAAUUACAACACUACAGAUUGGAUAUGUGAGCGAGCUAUCCUGGCUCCAAAAUCUGUUUCUGUACAUAGCAUUAAUAAUAUCCUAGUGAAUAAAAGUCCGGGAGAAAUAUUCACUUAUAAAUCAAUUGAUAGUGUUGUUGAUGAUCAGGAUAUUGUUAACUACCCCAUCAAAUUUUUUAACUCACUACAACUAUCAGGUACAGCUCUUCAUUGUCUUCAGCUGAAAAAAUGGACUCCAAUUAUGCUAUUGCGUAAUUUGUCUCAACCAAAGUUAUGCAAUGGUGCAAGAUUAAUUGUGCACAAACUUUUGAGGAGCAGCAUUGAGGCAGUUAUUCUCACUGGUUGUGGUAAAUGUGAGACCGUCUUCAUUCCUCGCAUACCAGUUAUACCACCUAAUGUCCCAUUCCAAUUUGAACGGUUACAGUUUCCUAUCCGGUUUCUUUUGUCAUGA